AUGGCAUCAUUUGCUAGCACAUUUGGUUCAUCCGAUCAAGAACAUAUCUAUUCGAAUAAUGCUGCAAUUAAUUCAACAAAUUCUAUACAUAAUCAUCAAGAAUCAAAUAAUUUUUCCAAUAUAGAUCUUGAUCAACAAUUAACUCCAUCCAAAGAUCAUAAUUCACUCUAUGUUAGUCUUAACGAUGCAGCAACAUUCCAAACUGAUUCAUCAUCACCAACGGCUGGUGCCAUACCAAACAGUCUCUCACAUAAUCAAUCAUUUGCCUCCCAACAGAUUUCUUCUAGCAAAAGUUUUUCGUCAAAUACCAUGCCUAAUAUAUCUUCAAUUGGAACAGAUCGACGAAUAUCUAUUCCAGAUAUGUCAAGAUUAUCAGCAUCAUCGGCUGCAGCCGUUGCUGCUGUUGGACCAACUAUUAAUAAAUUUAAACAAUGGAGUCGUACAACAUAUAAAUGUACAAAACAAUCUAUUUACGAAAAAUUAGGCAAAACAACACGUACAGUCGAUGUUGAACUUGAUGCGCAAGUCGAGCAACUUCGUGAUACAAAACGUCGAUAUGAAAGUAUUCUUGCUUUAGCCCGUAGUUAUGCAAAUCAUUUCUAUAAUCUAAUGCAAACGCAAAAAGCUUUAAGUGAUCAAUUUGUUGAAUUAAAACAAAAAACUUAUCUUCUUUUUGAUGAAUUUGGUUAUAAUGCUGAAACACAACGUAUAAUAGCAAAGAAUGGUGAAACAUUAUUUAAUGCUUUAAAUUAUUUUAUAUCAUCAAUGAAUACACUUUGUACAAAAACAAUUGAAGAUACAAUGAAUACAAUUCGACUUUAUGAAGUUGCAAGACUUGAAUAUGAUGCAUGUCGAUCAGAAUUGAGACUUUUACCACCAGGUUCACAAUCAAGUGAAAAAGAAUAUGAACUUGAAAAAUAUCGAGAAAAAUAUGAACAAUUAAAGAAUGAUAUUGGUAUUAAACUUAAACUUCUUGAUGAAAAUCAGAUAAAAGUUAUGAAACAUCAAUUACUUCUUUUUCAUAAUGCUAUAGCUGCUUAUUUUUCUGGUAAUAGAGAAGGACUUGAAUCAACUAUGAAACAAUUUAAUUUAAAAUUUAUUCCAAAUACCACUACUAUUCAAGAUGAUAAGUCAUUUUUAGAACAAUCUCAACGCUAG